UUUUAGGCAGAGCGGGUGUUUAAAUUAUUCCAUUUAUGAUUCGCUGAUGCUUUGACGUUUUCCUAUGGCAUUGCCAACGCUUUUAUGUGUCAACCAUAUAAAUUUGGUAUGAAGUGACUUCAUCAAGUUUCUGAUUUGUUAUUUUGGUUAUUCUGUACCAGGAAAGAGAUGACCAACUUUCUUGCCCAUUGGCAAUUCAAAUGAUUUUCAAUCGGACCAGGAUACAGGUGGUCAACCAGGAAGUACUUUGGCUGUGGAUUACAGUGUUUGCAUUCGAUCCACCAUCCACCUAACCGCGAGCUAACCCCGGGAUUUCCCAGUUGGACAACGACACAAAAGCCGCUCAGAAAAGGCAAUUGUGUACAAGCAGUGGACAAGGUCAGGCCAUUUUGUAGCUCCAACACUGAGGAACUGAGCUCGCGUGAAGGGACGUUCAUAACCAUACACAACAGUGACCAGUAUAAAGCGUGUAUUGCAGUGGAAUCGGUGAGGAAUGAAAUAAAUGUCAUGGCUGUUUACUCGUCAUUCCAUUGGAGUCGAGUGGGAAUUCUGCUACUUUGGAUCGCUGGGUGCCACUUGGAUUAUGGUGUUUCCUUGGACGUACGAUCCAAGCCAGCAUCACAGAGCACUACCUCUGCUUCUAAUGUUGGGGCAGAGAAGGCGGUGGACGGAGACAUCACCACUAUCACCCAUACAGCAUGGAGGUAUUCAUAUCAGAGGCAGGAUCCCUGGUGGAGAUUGGACUUGGAGGCCGUCUACUGCAUAAGGAAAGUCACUAUCAUCAAUAGAAUGGACCGGCAUGAUGUCCGCAUAAAUGGUGGCAUCGUACGUGCCGGACUGAAUCCAGACCGCGUUUCCAACAGGGAGCUAGGCACGAUCAGUCAAACCGAAUCAUCCGACGGGGACCUAGUAAUCACGAUGAUUGCCGACCCAUUUGUCAGUGCCCGGUACGUGAGUGUUGAUAUCCCCGGGGACAACAUCCUACACAUGGGUGAGGUCAUGGUGGACGAAUUCAUCGAUGAAGAGGCUGCAGCGUCCACCGCCAUCCCGCUGCGUGGGGAUGCUGCCUCUCAGAGUUCAUCGUUCCGUUACUCGGGAGGCGUGGAUUGGACGGCUGAUCGAGCCGUGGACGGAGUUGUCCAAACGGAGUACGACAACCCUUACUGCAGCCAAACAGCCUCUGAACCAAACCCGUGGUGGAAAAUAGAUCUGCAAGCUGAUCAGUGUGUUCGGAGAAUUACACUGAAGAGCCGGGAUGCCACGUACGUGAGCGGUCGAUACGGCUUCGAAGACGCCGUCGUGCGUGCAGGUCUGAGCAGUGUGCCCACCGACAACACCGUGUGCGGUAGUCCGGUCACCCAAUACCAAGCCGUAGCCAAUAACUGGAUGGAGUUUGACUGCAGUCCGCCUCACGGCUUGACAGCACGAUACGUCAGCGUCGAUAUCCCGAGGACUACGUACCUUCCACUCUGCGAAAUAUUUGUGUUUCCAUGUGAUCUACCAGAAGUGGAUUUUACGCUUGUCGCCAAUCCUGCUCUCGUCGACUCGUCUGGAGGCAACGAUGUUGUCCUUACGGCGUACAAAGGUCCAAAUGACAUCAUUGCCGGUGUCACAUUUGGCCGUCAGUUAGCAACAGGUGGACUGAACGGACUUCCGUCAGGAUCGACUGAAGAAGACGAGCCGUCUCUGGGAUGCACGGCUAGAUCGCUUCGACUACCCGCUGCGGAUGGGAUCAGUAGGGUCGGUGUGUUGUACUUCGAAGGAACCAGGAAGGGCACCAAGACAAGAAUUCAAAGCAUCAUUUUGCCCGAAGAUGACGGUAGCGUUCACAUCCGUCCUGUUGAGCGAACGCAGACCGUGAGCGUCGGAGACUCGGUUCGACUCGAGAUGCGCGAUGUGAAUUCACCGACCGCAAGCUACAGAUGGCGCAAAGAUGAAGGUGACGUCAUCACAUCUUGGGAUAACCAACUCAGUGUAUCUAUCGACAAUGUUGCCGUCAGUGAUGGAGGAAUCUACAGUUGCUCCGUGACCGACCAGGAGGCUCAACAACUGCAUGGCAUCAUGAGGCUCAUUGUGCGAGGUUGUCCAGAGGGGAUGUGGGAGCAGCCUUCCUGUACGCAGAUCUGUCGUCGAUGCUACAACGGAGGAGUGUGUGACGUCAGCACCGGCUCGUGUGUCUGUGCUCCAGGUUUUGGUGGAAAACAUUGCGAAAAAGGUAAUGGCAACUGA